AUGGUCUACGGGCAGAUCCUCCAUAGAAGAGGCCCAGAUGAUGGCUUCAUCAACCUGAACGUAGGUGGUUUUAAGCAGCGGGUGGCACGAGGUGUCCUGCAGCGUUUCCCACAUACGCGACUGGGUCGCCUCCUCUGCUGCCACUCUGAGGCGGCCAUUCUGGAGCUAUGUGAUGAUUACGGUGCUGCUGAGCGUGAAUACUACUUCGACAGGAACCCUCGGUUCUUCCGCUAUGUGCUCAAUUUUUAUCACACGGGCAAGAUCCAUCUGAUGGAGGAGCUGUGUGUGUUCUCCUUCAGUCAAGAGCUGGAGUAUUGGGGCAUCAAAGAACACAACCUAGACUCUUGCUGCAGCAAUAAGUUCCAGGAGCAGAAGGAGUACGCUGGUGAGAGGGACUGGGAUCGCAAGAGUGAUGACCAGCAGCAGCAAUUGAAGGAUAGCUUUGACUCUUCCAUGGAAGAGUUGUCUGUCCUAGACCAGGACCUGGAGAGGUUUGAGGGCAUGUGGUGCUCUGAAGUACGCAAGAACAUCUGGCUGCGACUGGAGAAUCCGGGUUACUCACGGGCAGCCAAGAUCAUGGCUGUAGCAUCACUAAGUGUGGUGCUGACCUCCAUUGUGGCCAUGUGUGUUCACAGUAUGCCUGAGUUCCACCAGGUGGAUGCCAACGAGAAAGAGGUGGAGGACCCAGUGCUGGCCGUCUUUGAGAUGAUCUGUGUUGUUUGGUUUACGGUCGAGUUUGCCUUGCGGCUGGCCGUUACGCCGUGCCUGCGCAAAUUCCUCUGCAAUACCCUGAACAUAAUAGACUUUGUUUCCAUUGUGCCAUUCUAUGCCACGCUGGCCUUUGAGACGGUGGACGAGGAGAAUGAGGAGCUGGAGAACGUGGGAAAGGUAGUUCAAAUCCUGCGACUCAUGCGUAUCUUCCGCAUCCUCAAGCUGGCGCGUCAUUCGGUGGGACUGCGGUCCCUUGGUGCCACGCUGCGCCACAGCUACCAUGAGGUGGGUCUUUUGCUGCUCUUUCUCUCCGUGGGCAUCUCUAUCUUCUCUGCACUGAUAUACUUUGUGGAGAGGGAGGAGAAUGAGUCAGAGCUGCAAACUAUCCCAGUAGGCUGGUGGUGGGCUACCAUUAGCAUGACUACAGUGGGCUAUGGAGACACUUACCCUGUUACUCUUGGCGGUAAAGUGAUCGGCACGCUUUGCAUUAUCUGCGGCUUACUGGUGGUGGCCCUCCCCAUCACCAUCAUCUUCAACAAGUUCUCUAAGUACUAUCAGAGACAGAAGGCCAUGGAUGUCAGUGUGAGCAAUAACAAAAUGAAAUGCCUGGACCCAGAUCUGAAUCUGCCAUAUUUUAGCGUCAGGGACCUCUAUGCUCACAAGGUGCACUCAUUCAUGGCUAGUUUGUCCUCCAGGAGCAGCACAUGUAGUGCUGGUGAUGUCACUGAUGCAUCCAGUAUUCAAGAUGUAGAGACUGUCUGCCCCUUAGGAGUGGUUGAGAGUGAAGAGGCAACUUAA